AUGUCGGAAUUAAAAAAGAAAAAAAGACAAUACAGUGCGGAAUACAUAAAAUACGGAUUUAUUCAAAGUCGGACAAAUCCAUCAUCGCCAAUGUGCCUCAUAUGUCAAAAAAUAUUUUCAAAUGAAGCAAUGAAGCCUUAUCGAUCAUUUUAAUAAAAUGCAUUUAGAUAUGAAAGACAAAGAUGUGACUUACUUUUAAAAUAUGGAAAAAAGUACGUAGCUCAACCUACUUUACCAACACUUUUUUCUGCGGUUUCUAAACAAGACAAUGAUGGGCUUCGUGCGUCGUACAAUAUAUCACUGUUAAUUGCUAAAACAGGCAAACCACAUACCAUUGGGGAAGACUUAAUUUUACCAGCAAUAAAAGAAGUAAUAACAACUGUGCUCCAUAAACCAGCGGCAGAUAUUAUCCGAAAAAUUUUUUUGAGCAAUAGUUCUGUACAAAGACGAAUUGAUGAGAUGGCUGAAAAUAUUGAAGAAUCACUGUGCAAUCAUUUGAAGACUUGUCAAUUUUCAAUUCAGUUGGAUGAGUCCACUUUACCAACUAAUAAGGCACUAUUGUUAUCAUACGCGAGGAUAAUAAAAAAUGAGAAAAUAUGUCAAGAACUAUUAUUUGUUAAAAAUUUAGAGACAAAUACAAAAGGAGAAACCAUAUUUAAUACACUAGAAAAGUUUUAUGAUGAAAAGCAAAUCCCUCUGAAGAAUAUUAUGUCAUUUGCUACUGAUGGUGCCCCAGCUAUGACAGGGCGUCACAAAGGCUUCAUAGCGUAUUUAAAAAAUAAAGUACCAGACGUGCUUGCUGUACAUUGC